AUGACAGCUCUGCGUUUUGUUAGAUCCGUUUGGGAGUCCUUCCGGGCCACUUCGGGGCUGGAGCCUCGGCUACUGGACAAUCUCCGGGUAACCGCUGCGAAGCCGGGAACCGUGAACUUCGAACUUGACAUCGAGAAGCAUCAUACAGUAAGCAUCUCACUAUCAAGAUACUUUAUACUGCAUAGGCGCUUCGUCUCGUUCGCUGCCGCAUUCGCCAACUUCAAUCUGUUGAUGCUGGGUUCUGAUGUCUUCCAGAACCGCCUGAGUAUCCUCCAUGGUGGUACCAUUGCCUCUAUGGUCGAUCUAGGUGGUUCUUUAGCCGUUGCAUCCCGUGGACUAUAUGCUACCGGCGUAUCAACGGAUCUAAACGUGACAUAUCUUAGCUCUGGUGGCAAGGUGGGGGACAAGCUUCUCGCGGAAGUGACGUGUGAUAAGUUUGGCAAAACCCUCGCAUAUACCAACAUCAGGUUCAUGAACUCGAAGGGCGACGUCUUCGCCCGAGGAAGUCACACUAAGUACGUCUCACUUGCCUGGAAGGACCCUCAGAAUAUUGUCGAGGAGUUGAAUGAGCGCAAAUCAUCGUAG